GACGAUCACAGUCAAAUUCGACAAGCCAGCCGAAGUACAAUCGGUGACCAUUCCACGUGACAAGACGCAAGGUGCUAAUGUCGAACAGUUUGAAGUGACGUUCUACUCCCCCAAUGGAUCGAAAGUGAACCCAACACCGAUUCAAUCAACUGACAGUCCAAAGGAUGACAAGUCGAAACCAGCCACGGUGGACUCGAGCAAGAUUCCAGUCGAUACCCCAGUGUCGAAAGUAGAGAUCACAGUUGUGAAGACUACUGAUGACGAAUCACCGAAAGGUGUGGUGCUGAAAGUACGCGCAUGUGUUGAACCAACUACCGAUAGCAUGUCGCAAAGCACUCAGUUGUCGAGUGGAAGCGCAGUCCAAACAUCUUUUGUUACCUCGCGGGUGACAUGGACUUCUGGUGGAUCAUCAGCUCAACCAUCAACUUCCAACUCGGUGCAAACAAUAAAUCCAAUAUCGAGCUCCCCAACAAAGGUCUGCGAAACACCUAUUGAACUAACGAACUUCGGCUCACAAAUCUUUUCUCAAAUUAAAUUUAACAACCAAAACGUCGCUGCUGACGCACUAGCCAGUCCAUUCCCUCUUCCAGCAGUACCAACAGCGAUCUACAUACUUUUCAACAAAGAAGUAAUUAUUCAAAAUAUCUCAAUUGUCAAUCCGGCUGAUUCCAAAAUAACAUCAAUCAGUGCACUCACAGAGUUUGACAGUACCCCGAAAUUCAAUGAGAAUCCAAACAAUCCAAGUGUCAAAUAUUCUCCAUAUGUUGAAAAUGUCAUUCCAUUAACAGUUGUUAUACAUAAGACGAGCGAUGAUACCGUACCAACUAAUGCUCGUUUGAGUAUCGUUGGAUGUGCUCACCCAACCACACGGGUAACCAAAGCUCAAGUUGAAAACGAUACCACCAUUAGCGACACGCCCAUUACAUCGAGUACACCGACCAGUUCACUUCUCUCGACAGUAACAGCACAAUCUGGCGCUUCUCAACAAACAAGUACCCUCACCAGUGGAAGUGCAAGCACUUCAGUUGCUACUCUUCCAUCAACUAUCUUCGGUUCGACUGCAACUUCGAUAAUUACUGGCACAACAAAGAAACAAUGCGCGGAAAUGGAAGCCAUUGAUGAACCAACCAGCAAAAAGAUCACCGUCUUCCCAGAUGAUAUCCCCCAAAACCAGAAAACCGACUUUCAACCAACAUCAAACACUGGUGUCUCCUUCCCAUCGAAUGACAAGAAACCGACGAUCACAGUCAACUUCGACAAGCCAGCGGAAGUACAAUCUGUGACUAUUCCACGUGAUAAGACGCAAGGUGCUAAUGUCGAACAGUUCGAAGUGACGUUCUACUACCCUAAUGGAUCGAAAGUGAACCCAACACCGAUUCAAUCAACUGACAGUCCGAAGGAUGAGAGGUCAAAACCAGCCACGGUGGACUCGAGCAAGAUUCCAGCCGACACUCCAGUGUCGAAAGUAGAGAUCACAGUUGUGAAGACUACUGAUGACGAAUCACCGAAAGGAGUGGUGCUGAAAGUACGAGCCUGUGUUGAACCAACUACUGGUGCUUCAGGACAACCAACACAGUCCGGACAGACCGGCGGUUCAAGACAACCAACACAACCAGGUCAAACACCUGCUUCAGGACAGCCAACACAACCAGGCCAGACCGGCGGUUCAGGAGAACCAACACAACCAGGCCAGACCGGCGGUUCACGACAACCAACACAGCCAGGACAGACCGGCGGUUCAGGACAACCAACACAGCCAGGACAGACCGGCGGUUCAGGAGAACCAACACAACCAGGUCAAACACCUGCUUCAGGACAGCCAACACAACCAGGCCAGACCGGAGGUUCAGNAACACCUGCUUCCGGACAACCAACACAACCAGGACAAACCGGCGGUUCAGGACAACCAACACAACCAGGUCAAACACCUGCUUCCGGACAACCAACACAACCGGGACAGACCGGCGGGUCAGGACAACCAACACAACCAGGUCAAACACCUGCUUCCGGACUACCAACACAACCAGGACAGACCGAUGCCUCUGGCACAACAUCAGCUACUUCUUUGUUGUCGACAUUGUUCAGUUCAAGUACAACUUCAACAGUCACUGGCACUACUAAGAAACAAUGCGCGGAAAUGGAAGCCAUUGAUGAACCCACCAGCAAAAAGAUCACUCUCCUCCCAGAUGAUAUCCCGCAAAGCAAGAAAACCGACUUUCAACCAACAUCAAACACUGGUGUCUCCUUUCCAUCGAAUGACAAGAAACCGACUAUCACAGUCAACUUCGACAAGCCAGCCGAAGUACAAUCUGUGACCAUUCCACGUGACAAGACGCAAGGUGCUAAUGUCGAACAGUUCGAAGUGACGUUCUACUCCCCCAACGGAUCGAAAGUGAACCCAACACCGAUUCAAUCAACUGACAGUCCAAAGGAUGACAAGUCGAAACCAGCCACGGUGGACUCGAGCAAGAUUCCAGCGGACAGUCCAGUGUCGAAAGUAGAGAUCACAGUUGUGAAGACUACUGAUGACGAAUCACCGAAAGGUGUGGUGCUGAAAGUACGCGCAUGUGUUGAGGCCACCUCAGAAACCACAUCAACCGAUACCUCAUACAUUUCGACCGGAUCCACUAGACCAGCCGGAAGCCCAGGUUUCACCGGAUCAUCUGGCAGUCAAGGAUCAACAGGACCAGCCGGUAGUGAACGCUCAACAGGACCAUCUGGCAGUCAAGGCUCAACAGGACCAGCGGGUAAUCAAGGAUCAACUGCACCAGCCGGUAGUCAAGGAUCAACAGGACCAGCCGGUAGUGAAGGCUCAACAGGACUAUCUGGCAGUCAAGGCUCAACAGGACCAGCGGGUAGUCAAGGAUCAACUGGACCAAUCGGUAGUGAAGGAACCACAGGACCAUCCGGCAAUCAAGGAUCAACUGGACCAAUCGGAUCAACUGGACCAAUCGGUAGUGAAGGAACCACAGGACCAGCUGGCGGUCAAGGCUCAACAGGACCAACGGGUAGUCAAGGAUCAACUGGACCAAUCGAUAGUGAAGGAACCACAGGACCAGGGGGUAGUCAAGGAUCAACUGCACCAGGCGGUAGUCAAGGAUUAACAGGACCAGCUGGUAGUCAGGGUAGCACAACAGCUAUGGGCAGCUCUGGUUCUACAGACCAUGUGGUAAAUGGAACGACAACUAUUGGUGUGUUGGUUGGCCGCUGUCAGAAUGAAAACACCCUAGAUGAAGAAUUUGGUUUGGUUGGUGCUGAUUCUAUAACGGAAAUUACAAAAGGAGAAACGAAGUUUGUUGGGUAUGUGAUUCGAUCGAAUGGAACUGGUUGGACACCUUCAUCAGCAUAUUCGUCGCUGAAUAUCGAUUUUCGUCAUCCAGUUGAGAUCGGACGUAUUCGUUUGAAUGGUGAUAAUUUGAAAGAGUGGCGAUUAUAUUAUCAAACAUCUUCCGAUGUCUUCCCAGUGUGGGCGGCAUUUAAUAAUGGAUCUGUUUUGAAUGGAAUUGAGAUUGUCCUGCCUGAUACGUUGAACGCUACGAAGAUACGUAUUGCGCCAAAUGGUGACGCGAAAAAUAUACGUGUGGAGGUUUAUGCCUGUUCUGCUUUCGGUACAGAAACAACGACAACGGGUAUUCCAUGUGUUCUGACGGAUUGGUCGCAGUGGACACCUUGUAGUCGUACUUGCGGUAUCGGGUAUAAGACGCGUUCGCGGAAUACAACAGUAUCGAAGGGCUGCAGCAAAGAACAACUUGUGGAGCAUCAAUCUUGCACAGAACGUCGUUGCACAUGCACGCUUGACGAAGCAUUCUAUACCCGUGUAUUCAAAAAGGAGCCGACUGAGGACAAGGAAAUCGGCUAUAUCGAUACAUACGUCAAUGCCACGACUCAAGCACGAAAUAUCGUUUACAUCAAUGAUACUGUUGAGCAAGGCAUAAUAAUCCGCACUCGAGAUCGUUGCUACAUUGUGUAUUGCACAGCCGAUGGAUUGAAAUUGUCUGAUAAUCAAUGUCUGGUAACAACAACGACCAUUCAAACAACGACCCGAGUGCUAUCGACAACACCAAUAACGAAUACUACUCAGUGUACCAUGCAACAAUUUGAUAAUGCACCGAUCAAAGUUAAUAACGGUCAAUGUGUGUCCCGAAGUAGCUUUCCACGAGAGCGAUGUGGAGGCUAUUGUGAAUCAGAUAGUAGUGAUCAAUGUAAAUGUUGCGGAGUUGGAACAACCUACGUACAGUCAGUUCUUUUUGAUUGUUUCGUCGAUGGUUCAACAACAAAAACAGUAGAGAAGACCAUACAAAUCCGACGUAUUCAAUCAUGUAGCUGUAAUGUAUGCCAUGACAAAUGUUCGGUACGUCAAUAUGAUAGUGCACCGUUACGAAUCAAUAACGAUCAAUGUGUUUCACGCGAAAAUGUUCCUCGAGAACGUUGCAGUGGACAAUGUGAAUCUAAUGACGAUCAAUGUACCUGCUGCUCAGUUGGUGAAACGUAUUUGCAACCGAUCGUUUUCGAUUGUUAUAUUGAUGGCUCACGAACAGUAACUGAACCAAGAACUGUGGAAAUUCGCCGUAUUCAAUCAUGUAAUUGUAAUGUAUGUUCAAAUGGUAACUGA